AUGGUCAAGCGGAAGACCAUGAAGCAGGCUGCGGGUGUCGAGGAGACUGGGACCGAGGUGGAGGCUGGAGUCGAGGUGGAGGCUGGAGUCGAAGUGGAGGCAGCCGAGGCUGGUGCCGAGGCUGGUCCUAGGGCCGCCGCUGAGGCCGCCUCAGGAGACGAUGCCUUGGCUGGAGCUGGUGCUGAGAACGAGGCUGAUGUCGUCAAGGGCGACGAGGACGAGCGCGAGGACGAGCGCGAGGACGAAGACGAGCCGUCGAUCGAGCCGCGGCUGCGUGCGCAAGAUCCGGAUGAUGAUGGCGAGGGCGAGGGUGAGGGCGAGGGCGAGAGCGAGGAUGUCGGCGCGAGUGUCGGUGCAGGCGAAGGUGAAGGAGAAGAUGACGAUGACGAUGGGCGCGGGCCGGUGAGGACCAUUUUUGUGUACGGCCUGCCGGCUGACUUUACCCAGCGCGAGCUGGACAACAUGUUUGCGUUUGUGGAAGGCUUUGAAGACGCGACGAUCCGGAUGGACAAGAAAGGAACGCACAGCAUUGCGUUUGUGCUCUUUGACACGGUGGAGCACGCGACGGCGGCAGUGGCUCGGUGCAACGGGCACAUGGUCGACAAGCGGCGGUCAGUGUCGAUGACGGUGGAAAUGGCUAAGAACAACAUGACCAUGCGUAAGCGCGACUAUCACGACUCGUCGACGUCGCCCGAGUCGAGCUCGGCGCGGCCGUCGAAGCGCUACCGCCGCAACGAUUCGUCAGCGUCGUAUGCGUCGUCGAUGCGCGGGUUCUACCAGCAGGGUCCCGGCCCGGCGUUGCCACCGCCGCAACUGCAGGAGCUCCCGCCGCAGAGCAUGUACGCUGCAGACCCGUACGUGGCACAGCAAGCGCCCGGCUACCCACCGAUGGGCAUGUACGGCGGCGCGCCGGCGGUUUACGGCGGGCCGCCGCCCGGCGGGUACCAGGCCGCAAGCGCGGGCGGUGGCUAUGGCUCGGGCUACGGCGGCUCGCCGCCUCCGGGCGGCGCGCCCGGCGGUGGCAUGGGCGGCGGCGGGAGUGGCUCUGGCGGCGUCGACACGCUCUUUGUGGGCUCGAUCACUCCAGGCACGACUCAGUAUGAUCUUGAGGGAAUCUUCUCGCGCUACGAGGGCUUCCUCUCGGUCUCGUACCUCGCCGACCGCUCGAUCGCCUUUGCGCGGUUCAUGGACCACGGCUCGGCCGCCGUCGCUCUCGACGUCCUCCGCGACUUUCUCAUCCAGCACUACGGCUGGUCGAUCUCAUUUGCCCGCUCCUCGUCCUCUAACCGCAAGCGGCGUUAAGCAGCGCGUCAAGCUCAAACCGCUGGCAGCGGCCACAGUAAAAUGCAA